GUAAGCAGCGAGCAGCGAAUAUGGUGUAGAAUAGGUCGUUGUGAAGUUACUAAAAAUUCGUUUGUAGUAAAAAUUAGAGCAAUUGAUGAAACAUGGUUACACGAUAACUUUUUUAAAGUUUUAAUAUAAAAGUAUGCAUAUAAAAUAUAUUGAUAAUAACGAACUAAUGAACAGAUAUGAGCGCAAAGUGAAAGAAAGUAGUAAGAGAACGUGAAAAAUCGAAGUGAAAAAGUGAGUGGGGGCAGCAGCCUCAGCAGCAGCGGCGGCAGAAGCAGCGGUGGUCAAUUGAAAAGGUUGGUACGCCAAUUGGAGAUUUCUUCCUCAUCAAGAUAAACUGAACCGAAGGCAAAAGGACUAUUUAAAACAUAAUAGUGUGCAUAAGACGAUAGGCUGCGUGUGGCGUAUAUGAACCAUAUUAUUAUUUGGUCAGUAAGACAACUGCUGAUCAACUGGACCCUGUAACUAAAGUGUUCUUGGUGGUAAUUAAUAAUUAUUAUCUAGUUUGCCAUCCACUGCGAUGGCAGUGAAAGUGCAAUUCGAGAUCGGUCAUACGGCGAGGCUGCGCAGCAAAAAAACAUCCGAAGGCUUUACACAUGACUGGGAAUUGUACGUGCGUGGUGUUAAGGAGGCAGAUAUCAGCACCUACGUUGACAAGGUCGUUUUUAAUUUACACGACUCUUUUCCAAAGCCAAAGAGGGUUUGCAACAAGCCACCAUACGUGAUAACAGAGUCAGGUUACGCUGGAUUUUUGCUCCCGAUCGAUAUUUAUUUUCGCAAUCGCGAUGAGCCAAAGCGUAUACAAUUCACUUACGACUUAGAUUUGCAACAGACAGGUCCGCCACAUCAUCGCUUUGAAGUGCAGAAAUUUGUAUUUGAUCAUGUUUCGGAUGAAUUUCGUCAAAAGUUGCUCAAAGGUGGUGGCAUACCAGUGACUGGUGCCGGAAUGGUUGGAGGUGCCACCGUUUCAUCCACUAAUAACACCCCGAAUGCCGCUAUUAGUGACGAAGCCGGUGGUAUGGUUAGCAAGCCGAAGCUGAGUAGCGGAGAAUCAAUUGGUGGCAGUAGCGGUAAAAAACACAAAACUCGUAUAGAUGACUCGAAGAGUAAUUCAUUUGCCAAUCUAUUUGGUGCACCUAUUAAAAGCGGGUCAAGUAAACAUUCGCCUGACGGAAAAAUUAAUAGUUUGAAUACUGUUGGUGGAAAGGGAGCUCCGAGUACUAGCAACGCAAGCGGUAGCGGUGCUGGAACUGGAGUUGCAGUUACACCCAACCCCGGAAAUAUCAACUCAAACAACUCUAUUGCAAAAGAAAAAUCUAGUAAAGAUCGAGAAAAAACGAACUCUUCAACGUUGGCUAGUAGCAACGAAAAGAGUCGAGAGAAAUCUGAUAAGAAAGAAAAACACAAGUCCUCAUCCAGCCCUAAUAAGGAAUCACGUAGUGAAAAUAAGAAAUCCUCUGGAGAUAGUAGCAAACAUGAAAAACGUGAGGAGUCCAAAUCAAAAAAGGAUAAAUCACGCGACAAAGAGCGGGAGCGUAGUCGGGAGAAAGGUUCAAGCGGUGCCACCAAACGUUCUCUAAGUCCAAAAUCGAAUGUCCGCGAUGUUGGCGCGCCGAGCCCAAAGCGGCCAACACCGCCGCGAUCUUCUUCAUCCGCAAGCGGACGUGUAGAGGAUAUUAAAUCAGCUGGUAGUAGUAGCAAAAUUGAGGGGAAAGAAUCAAAGUCUCGCGAAGAAAAGUCCACUUCAAGUGGUAAAAAGUCAAAGAAAGAAAAGAAAGACAAAGACAAGGACAAGGAACGUGAUAAAGAGCGACGUGAUGAACAUAAAGAAAAACAUCGUAGUGGCGAUGGUAAAUCAAAGGAUCCAAAAGAGGAACGCCACGGAAAUAUAAUAAAUAGCAGCAGUAAUACUGUGACGACGGCUACAACACUUAGUGGAAACAUUAUUACGAAUGAAGCUAAAGACAACAAAAGUCAACAAUCACCAGCAAACUUUAGCAUUAAAAAACCAGAUAAAGAUGCGAAAGAGAAAACAGAAGCUGUUAAAGGGAAGAAUAAUGAUAAAAAUAUAGACAAAAUAUCGACAAAUCCAACAACUACACCAGUAGGUGGUACGAAUGCCACAACUACCAGUGGCGAUAAGAAACUACCAACCAGCUCAAAUAAUCAGAGCGAAAAAUUAGAAAAGGAAAAGGACAAAGAUAAAGAAAAGGAUAAAGAAAAGAGGUCUCAUAAACACAAGAAAAAGGAUAAGAACAAGGAUAAAGAUAAGGAACGUGAAAAAGAGCGUGAUAAGGAGAGGCACAAAGAAAGAGAGAAGGAAAAAGAGAAAGAACGCGAUAAAGAGCGAUCUGAAGAAAAGUUGCGUUCCGAAAAACACACAGAAACUAAUUCAAAUGGGAAUGCAUCCUCAAUGGGAGCCGCAUCCACAGCUAUAUCCGGAUCCAAAGUAGCGUCUCUGCCUGUAGAAACGACAGCAGCACAAAAUGACCCCCCUAAACCUGAACCGAAUAGCGUAACCUCGUUGCCGAACUCAACGAGCAACUCUACUAAUUCCAAUAACCUAAACAACAACGCCAAUGGUACGGCACCUAUUGCGCCAACUAAGAAGUCACAAAAUAGAGAUAGGAAAAACAAAGAUAAAUCAUCUAAAGAGGAGAAACGAAAUUCAGGUGAAUUGGGUGAAUUGGAAUCGCGAAGCAGUAGUAAGCAUGGUAACAAAAGUGCUGGAACCAUUAUACCAGCAAACACCAACACUACAGGUACUGUUUCAAAUACUACUGGAAAUAACAGCAGCAAAACCGUUGAUGCAAGUGACACUGGAAAAGUUCCCUUACCAGAGGACGCUGCUUUAUUGACGGCAACAUCAGCAACAAAUCCAACAGCUGUGACAUCAACUGACAUCGCACCGGUUGUUAUGCAUUCAGAUAGCUCGAACAGCAGUUUUCCGGACUUAACGCCGAAGCUAAGUACAAAAUCGGAAACAACACCAACAGAAAAGCCAGACAAGACUACAAGUAUUAUCACCAAAGAACACAAACAGCGCAGCGGCGAACGUAAUGCAAAAACAAAAGAUAUUAGUGAUAAGACCGAAAAAGCUGAUAAAAAGGUGGAAAAGGAAGAAAAGAAGCGUCGGCGAAGCUCCGUUGCAGCGACCACCGUUUCUGCUAACUCAUUCUUAGAACCUCCGCUCAAACAAGCUAAAAAAGAGUCUAAUAAGACGGCCCGCGAACAAACGAAGUCUCCCGCAUUGCGUCAAAGUCGAGCUGCUAGUAUAAGUGGUCCCAUCGGAAUCAAUAAUGGCAACGACAAUGGCAGUAACAGCUCCAAUGCCACUACACAAAACAGCAAUUCUAACACUACGGACGCAUUAAAUAGUGGUGGCGCCUUUUUGCCACCACCCAACAAUACGACCGGAACUAGUGUAACUAGCUCUCCAUCUACUUUAGCUAUUACCAGCAAUGUCAACGCAAAUUUAAAUGCUAAUAGUAUUGUAAGUGCAUCGACGACAGGUGUAGCGGCGGCAGCGUCGCUUGCGCCACCUCAUCCGUUACGACCAGCAUCACCGGCAGGGCCAGUAGGUGCGAUGGCCGCAGAGGCAGCAGGCGCUAACAAUGGUUCAACGCCGACACCGGCAUUGCCAACUGAAUAUCUGAGUGAACUACAGGAAUUACAUCAUAAAAUAAUGACGUUACAGGACAAUGAGGAGUUGCAGCAAGUAGUCGAGAUGAUCGCUGCCACGGGCUGUUAUGAGAUUACCGCCAAAACUUUCGAUUUCGAUCUAUGUAAGCUGGACCGUAGCACUGUGCAGCGUUUGCAAGAAUUCUUUGCAACGUCUGUGUCGUGACACAAGAUACACGCCUAAGGUGGAGAAGUGCCUCGCAGCAUUGACUGCUAAAUAAUAGAGGAAAGUGGCAGACCGACUUUACUGGUACUAGACCAGCUCGAUAGUCUACCAUUCAAGCCACCAACUAACCAGUUGCAAUUAAAGAGACAUAAAAUAUUCAGAUAUCGAAACUACACUUAGAGGCAAGUUGCGGUGGAAGUGGGAAUAAUAAAUUGCAGCGCUAUAGGGAAAUAUCGCAGUAAUUUUUAGCAAUAAUUUAUAAGAAAUCCAUGUAAACUAGUGUUGUGCGCGUUCAAAAAAUAUACAUAUAGGCCGCAAUAGAACCAUGUAGAACUUCGAUUUUCAUCCAAAAUGGUUUUGGCACACAAUUCUAAUAUAAAGACAUGAUUAUACAUAAAAUGUGUUUACGUGUGGAAUGUAUUAGAUACCAUCAAUAUACGAGUAUGUAAAUACAUUAAAGCUAAAUGAAGCUCACUGACCAUUACAUUAUUAUCAAUCGAAUUAUUGAAUUGUAUAAAAAACUAUUUGGUUUAGGUUCUUGUUGUUUUUCUGUCGAAUAGGUCAUAAACGCGAGCUAUAGGUUUAAUCAUCUCUUUAAUGCAAUAUUAAUAUGUACAUAUGUUUAGCCACUUGUAAAUCAGCGAAAGAUACAAGACAUUUUAAAUUGACGCAGCAUUGUUUUUUUUUAACUUUGAUUAAGUUUCUUAAUUUAAAAAAAAAACACUGUCUACAAAUGCGAGUCACCUGUAUAUAAACUUUUUACAUACAUACACGUUGCUUAUAUGUAUGUAUGUAUGAACUUUAAUAGAUACAAGUAAUGCGAGCGAACUGUUAUAUUAAAUAGUUUUUAAUCUAGUUUAGUGAUUUUUGCAUAGAAUCUUAUAGUAAUAAUUUUUCACAAUUUCAUAUACUCUGUAGUAACUGCUAUGGAGAAAUUAUUAACAUGACAAAUUAUUUAGUUAUGUAUUAUAAUGUAUAAACAUUUCGCAAUAAAAUUAAUAAUACCCUUUGUUCAUUAUUCAUAUAACUCUAUUCAAUAUAAAAAAUGCUGUAUCAGCUAAAAUAUUUAUAUAACAAUGAAGAAAAUAUAAAUAAACAUAGAAGCAAAAAAAAAUUAUAUACGAGUGCAUAAAUACUGAUUCUUAAAGAUAUUCUCAUAAUGAAUUUACUCAAGUAAAUUGCUGCACAUAUAUAUUAACAUACGUAUGCACUUGAAAUCAAAUUUUUAUAGAGGACUCUAAAUGCAAGAGAAGUGGGCAAAAUAUGAUAUCAAAUGUACUCAUAUAGUACACCUGUAGCUAUUCGAUUAUUCACAACUUCGAUUCCUUUCGGUUUGUUUGAUUACGCACAUAAACUUACCGAAAACGAUCAACUAUUUUGUAUUUAACGGAAUUCAAAUUGGAAAUAAUGCAUGUAUAAGAAGACAGGAUAGGCAUUUACACAAAGUUUAUUGUGUUGGAAAAGUAAUUGUUGCUUAAUUGUAGUUUUCGUUAUACAAUAUUCAAAAAUAAAUUGUUGAUCCAUAUUUUGUUCGCUUAUAUUUUCUCGUUAUCCUUGCUAAUAAGCCAUAAUAAUGUUAUGUUCGUUUUCAUUUUCAAACAACAAUUUUUUUUAUAACUACAAGGUUAUGAUGCAUAUUAUUUUAUUCAUUCUAAAAUUUCUGUUAAAUACUAAGUUACUUUUUGGGAGAAGAAAGUGUGCAGCAAUAGAGUGAACAGAAUCAAUAAAACCAAAGAAAAACAGAAAAGGAAUUAACGUCAAUAAAAAGUACAUAAUUUCAUUAAUUCUAGUUUAAAUGGUUAUGACUAAUAAGAAAGUUUGUUCAAUUCAGAGAGCUCAAAUGUAUUAAAAUAAGUCUACAUUUUCAUAAUACAAAAAUAAUUUCAUUUUUUUUUUACUCAUCAACAUUGUAAUAUGCUGUUGUAUCCGAAAAGUAAAACUAAUAAUUGAAUUUUUCAAAAUAUUUCAUUUGGAAAUAGCUAACAAAGAAAAAAGGAAAAUAGCUUAAUUAAAUCAAUAUAUAUUAUAUAUAAAUAUUAAAACUAAACUUAGGCUAUGUAAAUAUUAUUCAACAGUCAAAAACCAAGCGCUGAAAUUAUUUGUAUUUUCAUGUUUUAUACAAAAAUGCUUGCCUACAAACGAGUGUAAGUACACGCAUACAUACAUGAAUAUUUCUCAUUUGUGUUGUAUACAACAUAUAUGUACAAGCAUAUUAACAGAAAAUAGGAUGAAGGCGAAAUACAAAAAUAAUUUAAUAGAAUAUAGUCUUAUAAGAACAGAAAAUUGUCAAACAAUAUGUAAAACUAAUAUAUUAUAAAUAAACGUGUUAAUAAAACUUACCGAAUUUACUAGAUAUUUUCAAACAUACACACAUACAUCAUUAUUAAUAUACAUAUGCACAUAUGUACAUAUGUAUGCAAUAAAACGAAUUAGUUUGUUUUCGAUUAAUUUUUAUUUGAAAAGUUUCACCUUGUUUCUGUUAUGUUAAUAUUUAAAUAUAUGCGUAAAUGUAAUUGUAAUACUUAAAUUGUAUAGCGGUUGCUACGCCCACGCGCAGACUCUUAUGUAUCUUUUCUUUUGAAAUAAAAAAUAUGUAAAAUUA